AUGGAGGCGCCAGAAUUUUUCCCACCUUCUGAAAACUUGACGGCGGCUGUCGUGCACCCGUUAUGCGAAGAAUGGAAGGGGGGAUCCGAGGGUGCCAUCUUCCACCUCGCCAGUAUCUUCCUUGUUUUGGGGUUCAUGGGAGGGAGCGGGUUCUAUGGGCUCCUCUACUUGUUUACCUUUCUGACGCUCGGUUUCUUCUGCACAACCAUUUGGUCAUGGUCGGACGCGUGCACCACCGACACCUUUUUGUGGAAUUUCGCUCUCUUUGGGAUAUGUGCGGUUCAAGUUGUGCACGUCGCCUACCGGUUGAGGAACGUUACUUUCGAAAAGGAGUUUCAAGAUCUGUACAGCUACCUGUUCAAAAAGCUGGGGGUGUCGCUCACCCACUUCGGCAAGAUAGUCGCCUGUUGUGAAGGGGACAUCCACACUAUAGAGAAAGACCACUGUUUUGCUAUGGAGGGCAAGACUGCUAUUGAUAAGCUGUCCGUUCUUCUGUCCGGCAGAAUUCGUGUGACAGUAAAUGGAGAGUUUUUACAUGACAUAUAUCCUUUCCAGUUUCUCGAUUCACCUGAAUGGGACUCUCUCCGGCCGUCAGAUGAGGGAGUUUUCCAGGUGACCCUGCGUGCAGAUAAUUGCUGUAGGUACGUUUCUUGGAGACGUAAGAAACUGUACCUACUCUUCGCCAAGCACCGCUAUAUCGCCAAGGUCUUUGCGCUCGUGGUGCGGAAUGACAUCGCGGACAAGCUGUACUCCCUCAACGACAAGGCGUUCGACAGCCGCGGGUUCCGAUAUGAUCUCCGGUUACCCACCUACUGUCACGUGUCCCCGUUGCCAGAAUUAGACCGAACAGAUGGGUUCCUACGAGUCCCAGCGCAAUAUGACCAUGGCCACCGUGGCCGUGUCCCUAUAACUAUAACAGCACCCGAAGAGACUGACUAG